AAGUGCAGUACCAUGAUAUUAAUUUAUACACUACACCAUUGAUUAUAGACUAUUCAGUUAAUCAGAUAUACACUUUUAGAGGAUUCCCUGCCUAAUUAUAGAAAAAGAUUAAGUAAUUUACUCUAUGGUAACACGUUCGUGUAUGGUUGAGUGGUGAGUGGUGACGGGUCGUUUUCACUUUUUCAGUAUUCACUAUUCAGUGCACCACGAGCUACGCCGCUCCGGCAGUAUUUCGAGUGCAGUAUUGUAGGCUGCGGUAGUGCAGUUCCUAGUUCCGAGUACGUACUUUCACAGCAAAUUUCCCUGCAUUCUGACAAACGACUGUUCUAUCCGUUGGGCGUUGAGUGGUUCGAUUCGUUUAUAGCAGUAUACAAACAAAUCAGAAAAAUGGAUGACUUGGAUUCAGUAAUACUCAACCUAAAAGCUUGUCUAAUAUCUACCAAAGGUGGAAUACAAUUAAGUCAAAUAGAAAAUGAAUAUUUUAAAGUAACUGGCGAAAGAAUUCCAUUCAGGCAGUUGGGAUUUUCAUCAUUAGAAACCCUAUUACAAUCCUCUGGAAAGUUUACAAUUCAAAAUUAUGGCGGAGGUGCCAUUGUACAAGCGUUAGCUACUAGUAAAACACAACAUUUGACUGAGCUUAUCAAAAAACAGAAAUCAAAACCACCAAAAAAAAAACCAUUUAUAGGUCUUAAAAAUACUCCGAGAAAAUUUGGUUCUUCAAAUACCUAUAACGGAUAUAACAGACCUAAACAGCCACUAAGACAAGGAAAUAGUGGCUUGAAUUAUGGACCUCCUCGAAACAACUAUCAAGGUACUUCUAUUCCUAAUUACACCAACAGUUAUAAUAAAACACAGUCAACGCAUAGUGAUAACAGGCAUAAUAAAUUCAAUAAUUAUGAGCCAAAAACAUUUGAUCAGAAUAAUUAUAAAAAGCCUCAGUUUCCUAUAAACAACUAUAGUAAUAAUACUAAGAACUAUAAUGGAAACUUACAAUCAAAUUCUGAUGUAUGUUUGCCUGAAACAAAAACUUUGAAUAAUUUAUCCAAUGAUAAUAGAAAAAAUGAGGUUAAAUCAGUUCCAAUUAAACAUGACAUAUAUGUAUUAAAUGAAAAUACCAACAAUUAUAAUAAAUUGGAACAAAUUCCACUUACUAGCAGUUGCAGUAGCUUAGAAUCAACAUAUAGUUCUAGUUCUGCUAGUUACAAACCUAAGCAUUCAUCACCGGACAAACUCCAAACAGGAGAUACAGCCAAUAACAAAGAUACAAUUCCAAAAAGUAACAUGCAGGAGAAUAAUAGUGAAUUUAAGAAAUCGUCACAUAAAUCUAUUCAGAAGUUCCCAUCAAUACAAAACAUGCCACCUAUAAAAAUGUCCACUGCACAAAGCAGACUUGAAAAAUAUCCUAAAAAAUGUGAAGAACAAAUUAAG